AUGGAAAGCUACUACAUUAUCAGUAAUAUUAAAUAUAGAAAUGAGGAUCUUAACUCUUUAAAAACAACAGUACUAAUAUCAUUNUAAGAGAAAUCAAUUCGUAAACAUAUAAUCUUGCCCAAAGUUGAGGGUUGCAUUAAAUUAGAGAUUGAAACUCAAUUAGAUUCUCCAAAAAGAAGUACAAUUACAUCUUAAUCAAAGGAGAGUGGGCUUAUACCGCUCGAUCAGGAGGAUCUAAUGGAAUAGGGAGUUGUAAUGCUAUUACUACUAUCACGAUAUCUUCAGGUAGAAGAAUUCAAUUAUAUACGCCAAUGUAAGAAAGUAAGAGGGCUUAGAGAUUAAAAAAUAUUCCUUAUGAGUUAUAAUACUUCCAAACUAGUUUACCAACAAAAAGCUUUAAAUCUAGUCAUCUUAUGAAUCAAGAAUUGCUUAAAAAACCAAAAGAAUAAAUUGACAAUUAAUAGAGAUGGUAUUUACAUUCACACUUUAAUAAAAUGAACCUAGCUUUGACAUAGUAUCAAAUUAAAAGAUUUGAAAGAUCUUUAAAAAAAACGGAAUCAUUAGAUGAUGUAAAUAUGAUAAAGAAAUAAAAUGAGGAAAAUAUUGAGAAGGAAAAAUAAAAAGUAUUACUAUAUUUAGAUUAUAGAGAAAUACAUAAUACAAAAAAGCAACUCAAAAUCUAAUACAUUCAUUUACAAAAAAAUUUAACAUUAAGGCAUUAUAUAACGAUCUUUAACCAACCUAAUAAUGA